AGUUUUUUGCAUUUUGGUCAUCAGUUCGUCAUAAUUCGAUCUUAAUCAUGAUCCUCGUCACAGUAUCGCCGUUCUCCGCACGUUAAGUUGCCUAAUUCGCCUAAGUGCCUCUCAUUUCACCACAGCUGAGCAUGUCAAGACCGGAUCACAGUCUAAUUCUGUAAUAUAUUUCAUAUUCCACAUCACGCGAUGUCUUACGAUCACCGAAGCUCACUGCUGGCAAGCUUUAGAAAACCCAGGCCGACAGAAACCCAAACCAACGAGGAUCCAGGACAACUGCUCGAGUUUCCAUCUUUAAAUGGUGCUAAGGAGGAAAAAGGACUCAAAAAUGGCUACCAGCUUGGACGCCCGGCGCUACUUAAAAAGGGCGGGAAAUACAGGGUGUCGUACAAAGGCCUCAAAGAACAGAAAAGGAUUCCCUUCCUGAAAGACAUUUUCCAGACGUUGAUAGAUAUAAAAUGGCGGUAUGCAAUUUUGAUUUUUUGUGCAACCUUCCUGUUUGUCUACUUUGUGUUUGCGAUAUUGUGGUACAUCUUGGGUUAUGCUCAUGACGACUUUAACCCCGACAAUAUAAAUAAUCCAAACUGGCGGCCAUGUGUGGAGAACAUGAAGACAUUUGCCGAUUCAUUCAUGUAUUCGGUGGAGACCCAGACCACCAUCGGGUACGGCUCACUGUACCCCAAUACCCAAUGUGGGGGUACUUUAUUUCUUGUCUAUCUACAGGUGACAGUAGGAUUUCUCAUAGAGACCCUCUUGGUCGGCUUCAUCCUUGUCAAGGUUGCCAGGCCAAAACACCGACGGCUAACACUUCUGUUCAGCGACAGCGUGUGUAUCUGUAUAGAAGAUGGCGAGCUUUGUCUACAAGUCCGGGUAGGAGACAUGCGUAAAUCCCACCUGGUUGACACCAAAGCCAGUGGCAUCUUCAUCAGCGAGAAGGUUUCUAAAGAAGGGACCGUUUAUCCUCUGUACCAGACUGCGAUGGAAUUCGAGGCGCACGGAAUGGAUAGUCGCGUGUUCAUGAUGUGGCCAAUUGUUCUCAAACACAGAAUUAACAAUAAAAGUCCAUUAUGGAACAUGGAAUUUGACGAAAUCUUAUCCAACACAUUCGAAAUUAUUGUCCUACUAGAAGGCACUAUUGAAUCUACAGGCGAGAUAUGCCAAGCAAGGACAUCUUAUUCUUCAAAAGACAUACAAUGGGGAUAUCGCUUUGCUAAUAUAGUAGACUUUGAUAUACAAACCGGUCUCUGGGAAGCCAAUUUCAAGCAGUUUAAUGAAACCGUUCCAACUCCAACACCGAAGUGUAGCGGAAAGGACGUCACUAACAUCUACAACGGAACCGGAAAUUUGGAUAACGUGGAAGGAGCCACUGGACGGUCCAGUUUCCGGAGAACCCAAAGCCACGCCGGACCCCUGAACUAUAUGCUCGGUAAGGCCAGUAACGUCACAGAUGCUGCAAGAGAAAGUGGGAGGGGCGCAGUGGCAUUCCGGGAGGAACCCUACAACAGCCAGAAGUGGAGAUUGUCGAUGCCAGCGUUCUGAGACGACCCAUCCAGCAAUACAUGCCACUACAACCAGUGUACCAUUUGAUGGAAGCAUCUGGUGAAUUCCAAAUAAGGAAACAACGCCUUAUUAGAAAACCCGCUUUUCCAUAAAAAGAAAUGUAAUUCCAUAUUAGGGAAUAAGAUUCCGUCACUGGGGGGACAUAUUGUCUACAGUAGUUUUGUACAGUGUCUCAGUCUCAGGCAAGACUUUGACCCUUGACCUUGAUCAUUUGUCAUAAUCCUGAACCUCAGACUAGAUAAGGUACGAAAUACGUUUGAAAAAUCCAUUUGUUUUCAACAUUAAACAUUUUUAUUGUUUUUGCACUCGUAUUUUGACUAAUGUUCGAGGAUUGGUGCUCUUCGGGCAGUGGUUAUCGAGGCAAAAAGUGUGUAUAUUUGUAUAUUUUGUAUGAUAAAAAAUCCGUGUUCACCUAAAUGCAUGUGCAAUCGGUAAUUGUCGGCAUAUUCCGUGAACAUUUUUCUAUUUUCCGGAAAGUACCGACGGUUCUCGAUUAAAUACAUGGUUUUUACAGAAAUAAUUCCCUUGUACUACUUUCUAGUAUCCCGUACUUUUUCAUAUUGAUAUUCUAAAUGUUUUUGAAUAUACAAAUACGAUAUGUUAUUAAAUAUCAUUGUCAAUGGUGUUCUUCAUCACUCGAAGGAUCACCAAGAAAUAGACAUUUAAUUAAUUGAAUUCUUGCAUAAUAUUCCGAAUACGUACCUAGCCUAACAACUGUUUUAAAGUCCCAUCUUCAUCAAACGAUUAGAGCCAAUAUCGCUAUUUUUAAUAAUUCCCUAGUACUAAGUUCACAUUUCUCCACAUAAACUGUUGAGAUAAUAAUAAAAAA